AUGAUUGGCCUCAUGUUGCUGAUUAUUGGACUUUGGGCUUGGUCAGAGAAAGAUGUGUUCCAGAACGUGACGAGACUCACCAACAUCGCACUUGAUCCAGCACUGUUGUUUAUAGUCGUUGGGAUGUCCAUGUUCUGUAUGAGCUUCACUGGGUGUAUUGGCGCUCUCCGAGAGAACACAUGUCUCUUGAUGUUUUUUAUGAUUUCUUUGGGGGUGAUUUUUAUCCUGGAACUUCUGAUUGGAAUCCUGGGUUUCAUCUAUAAAGACUGGGUUAGAAAUUCAAUUCAGUCACAAGUAAAAAAUAUGAUAAUCAACUACAGGGAUGACCUUGACCUGAAAAAUCUUGUUGACUGGGUGCAGCAGGAUUGGCUGCACUGUUGCGGAGUUCAAAGCUACAAGGACUGGGAGUCCAAUAUCUAUUUCAACUGUUCAUCUCCAGGUGUUGAGGCUUGUGGGGUGCCUUAUUCUUGCUGUAAAGAUGAUGCACAGGAGGAGCUAAGCAAUCGCCACUGUGGCUUUGAAAUGAUGAAGUCAGAACAUGACUUUGACCGAGGAACAAAAAUUCAUACCAUUGGGUGCGUCCCAGCUGGAGAGAAGUGGCUGGAAACUAACCUUAUUCCCGUAGCAGGUGUUGCAGUGGCUGUGGCACUCCUCCAAAUACUUGGAAUUUGUUUUUCUCAAAAUCUGCGCAGCGAUAUCCAUGCACAGCGGGCCAAGUGGACACUCUGA